AUGGACAUCCAGACGGAGAGACGGAGGCUGCUGGAUGAGGAGGGCGGAGAUGAGGAUCCUACGGGACUCCUGUCCGAGCAGGAGGCUUAUCUCAGCAAAGUGAAGAACAGGAAGUUGUACCUGGCCUCGUUCGCCGCCGUCCUGGGUCCCAUGAGCUUCGGGUUCGUGCUGGGCUACAGCUCGCCCGCCAUCCCUGAGCUCAGCAGGAUUUCCGACCCUCGGCUGCGGCUCAGCGAAGUCGAGGGCUCCUGGUUUGGGUCCAUCGUAACGAUAGGCGCGGCGGUGGGCGGCCUGCUGGGCGGCUGGAUGGUGCAGCGGAUCGGCAGGAAGCUGACGCUGAUGUCCUGCACGCUGCCCUUCGUCUUCGGCUUCACCAUCAUCAUCGCCGCUCAGAACGUGUGGAUGCUGUACGUGGGCAGGGUGCUGACCGGCCUGGCCAGCGGCGUCACGUCUCUGGUGGUCCCGUUGUAUAUUUCUGAGACGGCUCAUGAGAAAGUCCGCGGGAUGCUGGGCUCCUGCGUUCAGCUCAUGGUGGUCCUGGGCAUCAUGGGAGUUUACCUGGCAGGUUUGUUUGUGGACUGGCGCUGGCUGGCGAUCUGCUGCUCCCUGCCGCCGUCGCUGCUGAUGGUCGCCAUGUGCUUCAUGCCCGAGACGCCGCGCUUCCUGCUGUCGAAGGGCAAGAGGCGGGAAGCCGAGGAGGCCUUACGCUUCCUGCGCGGGCCGGACGCUCCCAUCGAGUGGGAAUGCUCCCGGAUCGAGGACGGAUGCGACGAACAGGGCUCGACGUUCCAGCUGUCCGACCUGAAGGACCCCGGCGUCUUCAAGCCGCUGCUGAUCAGCAUCCUGCUGAUGGUGUUUCAGCAGAUGACCGGGAUCAACGCCAUCAUGUUCUACGCUGAGGACAUAUUCGUACAGGCGCACUUCAAGGAGAGCGAGUUGGCUUCGGUGAUCGUCGCUCUGAUUCAGGUCAUCUUCACUGGGAUCGCCGCGGUGAUCAUGGACCGGGCCGGCAGGAAGGUUCUGCUCGUCAUCUCAGGCGCGGCCAUGAUGAUCAGCACCACGGCGUUUGGCGUCUACUUCUACUUGACGCUCAAAGUUCCCGGCGGAGCGCCGGCGCCCCACGCUGACCUCACCUGGCUGGCUCUGGCCAGCAUGGCCGUCUUCAUCGCAGGCUUUGCCGUCGGCUGGGGUCCCAUCCCGUGGCUGAUCAUGUCGGAGGUCAUUCCCGUCAGAGUGAGGGGGUUUGCUGGAGCCGCCGUGGUGCUCAGUAACUGGGGCAUGGCCUUCGUCAUCACCAAAACCUUCCAGGACAUGAUGAACCUCUUAACCAGCGCCGGGACGUUCUGGCUCUUCGCCUGCAUGUGUGGCCUCAACAUCAUCUUCACCGUCGUCUUCGUCCCGGAAACCAAAGGCAAGACGCUGGAGCAGAUCGAAGCCAUUUUCAGAGGGACGUCAGGUCCGUGAACUCCUCCCUCGUCGGACCUCAGCAGCCUGAACAGACUGUUAAAAGUGGGCAUUCAGAAAAUAUCCUCCAAGAACAUGAAGCUAACUCAAAAAAAGUUCCAUAUUUGCCUUUACGGCAGAAAACAGGUGAAUAUUUUAAGUGAUUCUUGUCUGUUUUGUGAAAACUGAACUGUAUUUUAUUAGUGAGGUGCAACGAAACUGGCCAACAGAGAUGAUGAUGAUGAUGAUGAUGAUGAUGAUGAUGAUGAUGAUGAUGAUGAUGAUGAUGAUGAGUUAGACAUGUUGGCUCCUGAAAAAUAACCGUAAUCUGACGUCAGAAAGCUGUGAGGCGCCUGUUGCUCUUCGCUGCCCCCUGCAGGCCACAGAGCGCAAAAGCUUCACUACGGCAAAAAGAUGCGUGUGAAGUUUCUGUCUGUGUGCGUUUCCACACAGGGGUUUUAAUAUUCUACCACUUAUAUAUAUUUAAAAAAAAAGGGUAUAAUCUGAUAAUAGAUGAAAAAAGCUGAUUUUUGCUGUUAAGUUGAUAAAAUCUUUA